AUGUCUGGCGGAUACGCGAUGGCGGUGCGCAGGCAGCUGCAGCGAUUCUUUCAGGAGCCCCGAGUCGGGGGUGCGAUCAUGGUGGAGCGGACGAGGCCUGAGACAAGGAACUGGCACCGAGAGCAGGAGAGAGCAGCGGCGCUAGGGGACGCCAACGGCAGCGUCCUAAAAGAUCGGGGUCUCCAGCUGGAGGAAUGUAUGCUGUUCCAGUGCCAGCGCUGCCUUACGGUCCUGGGAGACUCGCUCAGUCUCUGCUCUCAGGAGGAGAAUCUCGGCCUUAUCGCUUGUUUCAAGGUCACAAGUGAUGUUGUUGUGGAAGAUUCUGUGAUGGUGUGCAUUGAAGGAGACUUCAUGGGAUGCACCUACAACAUGCUGAACUGUCGGUCAUGCAAUCUGGGCAUAGGUAUCAAGCUGCUAUGUUCAACAUCUUCGGCAUCUCUGCGAGGCUUCUUCUGUCUUUUCAAGGACAGUGUGGUAUGUUACAUGUUAAAAAAUAAAACCACAGUCAAAGCAUCAAAGAUUACCUUUCCUACAGUGAGCCUAAAGGACAGUGUCCAAAAGUUAAAAGAAAACCUAGUGCUAGUCUACAUGCGUAUAGAAGCGCAGCACAAGAAACUGGAAGAACAAAGCCAACAGAACAUUGUAGCCAAGAAGCGUUGCUACAAACAAAGGCCCUAUCCCUCAGCACCUGGGCAUCGAAAAAAGUUGAACUGA